AUGGGGCAUGACAUCGAGAGUGGACGUGGCAGCGAUUUCAGUAUAAACGCCGGUGGUGCGCUUCGGUUUCGAAACCGGUGGUGCGUGCUGGAAAACGAAGAGGUUGGAAAGUUGAUUUUGCAAGAAGCGCAUUGGUCUCCUUAUAGUGUCCACCCGGGCGUCACCAAGAUGUACCAAGAUUUGAAGAUGCACUAUUGGUGGCUGGGAAUGAAAGCAGAUGUUGGAUGCUAUGUGGCGCAAUGCCUGUCAGCAGAUGGGCAAUCGGAGAGGACUAUUCAGAUUUUGGAGGAUAUAUUGCGGGCGUGUGCGGUGUUGGGUCCCGAUGUUUUGCGAGAGGUGGAAGAGAAGGUCCACCUCGCUCGCCAAAGAUUGCUCACGGCGCAAUCUAAACAAAAGAGUUACGCGAAUAAGCACCGUAGAGACUUGGAGUUCGCGGUGGGCGACCGCGUCUUCUUGAAGUUGAAGCUGAUUGGUGCGGUGGCUUACCGGCUUGCAUUGCUGCCCAAGCUCGCGAAUGUUCACAAUGUAUUUCACGUCUCCAACCUUCGCAAGUAUAUCCAUGACCCCGAGCACACCUUGCUGUAUGAGCCACCGGAAUUGCAAGAAGACAUGAGCUACGAAGAGUUUCCGGUGUCGAUCAUUGCUCGAGAGGUGCGAAAAUUGAGAAAUCGCGAGAUUCCCUACGUCAAGGUUUGGUGGAGCAAUCACGACGAUCGCGAAGCCACGUGGGAACUCGAGGACGUGAUGAAGGAGCACCAUCCUCAUCUCUUUGAGGAGUCGAGUUGA